GUGAGAAUGUAGGGCUAUCCCUGCACUGACUCUUGUUGUUCAUAUAUAUACCUUAUGGUACAUACCUGGCUAAUUUAGAACUUUGAUGUUAACAUUUCUGAAUUUUAACAAAAUAACUAUAGGCGAAUGGCCCAUUUUAAAAUAUGAUGUCUAAUAAUUCCAGUGAAGAUUCAGACGAAGACGAGAUUGAGGAAAAUGGAGUAAGAGGGAAAUAUUUUUCGAUCGUGACUAGUUUUUUCUCUGGUUUCCCAGAAUUCAUACGGAAUUGGAGCUGCUUUCGAAGAGUCGCGAUGCUGAACGUCCCAUCUCAGUCAUUCCCUGCAGUCGGCUCUCAGCAGCGCGUUGCUCCAGCUGGUCAGUCCAGCAGGAACAAGGUAGUGUUGAAGCCUGGUCACAGUCUUAUGGACUGGAUCCGUGUAGCCAAGAGUGGCCGGGAUCUGACAGGGCUGAGAGGACGUGUCUUAGAUGUCACAGAGGAGGAGUUGCAGAAACACAACACACGUGAAGACUGCUGGACCUGCAUAAGAGGCAUGGUUUACAAUGUAAGCCCCUACAUGGAUUACCAUCCUGGAGGAGAGGAGGAACUGAUGAAGGCCGCUGGGAUAGACGGGACCAAACUUUUUGACCAGGUCCACAGGUGGGUGAAUUAUGAGUCAAUGCUUAAGGAGUGUCUGGUAGGAAGGAUGGCUGUGAAAGCCACCACAGUUAUGAAAGCUCAGUCGGCAAAAAAGGAAAACAUCACUCAACUGAAUGGAGUAGCCCCCCCUCCCCCCACAUCAUUGCUCCCCCCAGCAUCUCUUAAUCUUUCCUCAUCACUGCCACCCUUAGCUACCCUGCCACUAGUACCGCCCAAAGACGUCCGGCCCAGCUAUGACUGGUUUCAAACCGAUGUCACUGUCAAUAUUGUGGUUUACACCAAACGGAAGCUCCCCAAUUCUGGCUGUAGCACAGUGGACCUGCAGGAUGAUGUUCUACGAGUGGAAGUUCAUUUGGGAAAAAUGUCCUACAUGCUACAUCUACGUCUAGCUCAAAAAGUAGAGCAAAGAGUUGCUGUACAGACAUCCUGUGCUGUGGGGAAGAUUCAGGUCAGCAUACAUAAAUUGGUAAAAGAAAAGUGGGCAGAGCUUGGUGAACCAAUGGAAUUCCAUGAUUCUCUUUUCAAGAGGAAAGAUCGAGAUAUCUUCUAUAGGGAGUGUGUGUUGGUUUCUAAGACAGAAGUCACACAUGACACCUGGUUAUUCAGGUUACAGCUUCCAAGUGGUACUGCCAUGCAUGUGCCUGUUGGAAAACACAUCUACCUCAAGAUCCUCAUCCAAGACACUGAGGUAGUGAAGCCCUACACACCAGUAGAGGAGACACUGGUACCAGCUACGCAGGACACCACACUGGAGACCGAUGACAUCUUUCUAAUGAUCAAAGUCUACCCAGAUGGAGUGUUGACGCCACACCUAAACAAACUCAACAUUGGUGACCACCUGUCCGUCAGCAGCCCAGGUGGUCCAUUCAGUUUCCGCCUCCUGCGUGAGGUAACUCAUCUCUACCUAUUUGCAGCCGGCACAGGUUUCACGCCCAUGGCUCGGGUGAUCCGGCUAGCACUCCAGGGCCUGGACUCAAUCAGGAAAACCAAGCUGAUGUUUUUUAACCGACAGGAAAGAGACAUCCUAUGGCGCUCUGAACUUGACAGUCUUGCUGCUAAAGACAAGAGGUUGCAGGUGGAGUAUGUUCUUUCAGAGCCUUGUGAUAGGUGGACAGGCAGGAAGGGGCGGAUUGGGGCCUCCAUGUUGACUGACUUCUUGGUUAAGCCUGAAGGGUCAAAGGUCCUUGUCUGUGUGUGUGGCCCCUCAGCCUUCACCGAGCUGACUGUGGGGUUGGUGAGACAGCAGGGCUUCAGUGAGGAGGAGAUUCAUGCAUUCCAGGGCUGAUUAUGGAGUGUCGGACCUGACUUCUCAACCUCACAGCUUGUGUGUGUCUGUGUGUGUCUGUGUGUGUGUUUGAGAGAGAAAAGAGAGUUGUUAGUUCACAGGUCAAUGUGUUUUCUGGAACACUGUAUUUCAUGAUCUGUCAACUGAACCGAUGAACAUGAUUCCUGUGGAUAACAACGAUGCCAGAGACACACAGACGCUCUUUGAGGCUGGAAGGAAAGCAGGAACACAAUUUAUUUGCAACACAAACACUGAUGAAUAGUCAGUCUCUCUGGUCUCCAAGGAUGUGUUCGCUGUUCUCCUGCACUUGUAAAUGGCACAGACACAAACACAAGACGAGUGGUCAGUUACUCAGCAGCACUAAACCCUCAGGUCAAUGAAGUCAGCUUACUGUCUGUCUUUCUGUGUCAGAGCUGUAAACAGUCCUGUCCUUGCACACCCUUUUACUCUGGCUAUAGAGAUAUCUGGGGUUGUUAAUGGAAGAUAACUACCAUGUCGUACAUACUGUAUCCCAACAACAUGGGAUGUAAUCUUUUUUGAGCAUUACAUUUUCUAUUGAAGAAAUAAUGAAUUUCCAAACUGUUGAUAUAUGAGACAUCCUCAUACAGAGAUUUUGUCAGGUAGAUGUUUUGGCUUUGCUCAUGCUACUUCUGUUGCCACUGUUUUGCACCCUGUGGCCCAUGCGUUGGAUGACAAAGCAUACCUUUCUUCAGCAUUGGCAGAUUCACAUUUGUUAUUUUGCAGAUGCUCUUCUGUAGAGCAACUUACAGUUAGUGCAUUUGUUUUGAUAUAGCUUGUUGGAAUAACCAUGCAACUCAGUAAUUCUCCAACAGCAAAAGUCAUUGCUGGAACAAAGUCUCUCAGUGCACUGCAGGUUGCUAUUGUAGAGCUCAAGUGGGGUGAUUCUUACCACUGAGAAUACUGUAUACAUUGCAUGCCUGGUUUUGGAGUUUGGAGAAAGGUUUUGAUGCAAUGACAUGAUUCUACGAUCUCUCAGGGAACCAUGCAUCCUUUAGCUUCACACAUUUGUGAAAUACAUGAGGUUGGUAAGACACCAACUCCCUAACGGAAAAUAGUGUUCAAUGCCUUUCUCCAUGUCUUUCUCUGAUUCUUAAUGUCAGUCAAAGAUUUGCAUAAAAACAUUACAAAUCAAUGUGUCCAAUAAAUUGUUUUGAAAAAAAAGCAGUUUUAGAUUUUUCCAGUGAAAGCAUCCUUUAACACAAAGGGUAACAUGGCAGAGGGUGUCCGCAAGAUCAAUGUCUGACUUUUGCAGACUCAAAAAAAAAAAAAAAAAAA